UUGGUGGUUCUCCAAUUCCGUAUCGAAAAUCUUCUUCAGGUCAGACGAUCUGAAGCCGAUCGCUGUAGAAUCAGUUUCGUGCUGCGCAGUUUCUCCAGUUUCCUCUCACUUAAGAUCUUUCAGAAGGAAAUUCACUUACGGAGAGGGACUUUUUCGUAGACGAUUCUCACUGGAUUAUCUAUCACCUGGUAAGAUCGUCUUACUCGAAAAUAAUUGAAAAGCUUAGGUAUUGAAUCAAGAAACUGUGAAUCGGAGAGGCUUAGUUUUUGAAGAGAUCUAAACCAUCGUAGAAGAUCGUCUCAAAUAUCUGUUGUUGAUCCGAAGGACGAAACAGUGUUUCAGAAGUUACCAAUUUUGAUUAGAUCACUUGAGAAAGCUACGGAUUUACAGAGGCGGAUCUGUCCAGGUCGGCACUGUGAAAGAGAACUACACUAGUUUUUUUUCCAGAGGAUAUGAAGCUUCCUUGAACGAAUCUGAUUCUAGGUACUCAUUGAAGAGAAUCUGGGAUUGUAUUGAUCUGGUCCCUUUGCUUCCUGUUUCGCUAUAACUUUGACAAGUGUUGUAGGUGAUAAGUUGUGAUCAAUAAUGGGUACGGAGAAUCAGGGCUAUCCAAAUUUUCCUGCUAGACCUGCCUCCUCUCCAUUCGCAUCUGCUCCGCCACCGGGGAUUCCUCCUCAAUCCGGUGGACCACCCACUGGAUCAGAUGCGGUUGGCUUUAGACCUUUUACACCAUCUGCAUCCCAACCUACAAGACCUUUCACAGCUUCUGGUCCUCCUCCGGCUCCACCAGUGGGUGCGAUGAGGCCUGGCCAGCCUUCUCCUUUUGUUUCUCAGAUUCCAGGGAGUAGACCUCCACCGCCAUCAUCGAAUUCAUUUCCUUCUACAGCAUAUGGUCCUCCUGGUGGUGCCUCUUUUCAGCGUUAUCCAUCCCCGCAAUUCCCGACUACACAAAACCCUCCUCAGGGUCCACCACCACCUCAAACUCUUGCAGGUCACUUAUCUCCUCCACCGUCUCUUCGCCCACAGCAACCAAUGGCACCUGUAACAAUGGGACCUCCUCCACAAAGUAUGACUUCUGGGCUACCUGGAGCAAAUGCUUCUCCCCCUGCUACAGAUUAUCAUAUGCCUGCCAGGCCUGGUUUUCAACAGUCGAUGCCUCCAGUUACUCCGUCUUAUCCUGGCGUGGGCGGUUCACAGCCAUCUUUUCCUGGUUAUCCCAGCAAGCAGCAGGCUCCGAUGCCAUUCCAGACAUCUCAAGGUCCCCCGGGACCCCCUCCAGUCUCAUCAUAUCCUCCUCACACAGGAGGUUUUGCUCAGCGCCCAAAUAUGGUAGCACAGCAGAAUCUACAUCCAAGCUAUGCACCUCCUCCCAGUAACGUACAAGGCUUGACUGAAGAUUUUAACUCGCUAUCUCUUUCAUCUAUUCCUGGAUCGCUGGAACCAGGACUUGAUCAUAAAUCAUUCCCAAGGCCAUUGGAUGGUGAUGUGGAGCCAAGUUCAUUUGCUGAAAUGUACCCAAUGAAUUGCCAUUCUAGAUAUCUACGACUGACGACUAGUGCUAUACCAAAUUCCCAGUCUCUGGCUUCGAGGUGGCAUUUACCUCUAGGAGCUGUGGUUUGUCCACUUGCCGAGACUCCUGAAGGGGAGGAGGUACCACUUAUUGAUUUUGGCUCAACCGGCAUCAUCCGCUGCAGAAGAUGCCGUACCUAUGUGAAUCCUUAUGUGACUUUCACAGAUUCUGGAAGAAAGUGGCGGUGUAAUAUAUGUUCUAUGCUUAAUGAUGUACCUGGUGAAUACUUCUCACAUUUGGAUGCUACUGGCCGAAGAAUGGAUAUGGAUCAACGACCUGAGCUGACUAAGGGCAGUGUUGAAAUCAUUGCUCCAACUGAAUACAUGGUCCGGCCUCCGAUGCCACCUAUCUACUUCUUCCUCAUUGAUGUUUCGAUUUCAGCUACUAAAAGUGGGAUGCUUGAGGUUGUUGCCCAAACGAUUAAGUCUUGUUUGGAUAACCUGCCUGGUUAUCCCAGAACUCAAAUUGGAUUUAUUACUUAUGACAGCACGUUACAUUUUUACAACAUGAAGUCAUCUUUGAGCCAGCCGCAGAUGAUGGUUGUAUCGGAUCUAGAUGAUAUAUUUGUCCCAUUGCCAGAUGAUCUCCUUGUCAAUCUAUCUGAAUCUAGAACUGUGGUGGAAGCCUUUUUGGACAGUCUACCUUUGAUGUUUCAAGAUAAUGUCAAUGUGGAAUCGGCUUUUGGCCCAGCUCUCAGAGCGGCAUUUAUGGUUAUGAACCAACUUGGGGGCAAGUUGCUAAUUUUCCAGAACUCGUUACCUUCUCUUGGUGCUGGGCGGUUAAAGUUGCGGGGAGAUGAUCCUCGUGUCUAUGGAACUGACAAAGAAUAUGCAUUAAGGGUAGCUGAAGAUCCCUUCUACAAGCAAAUGGCUGCCGAUUGUACCAAGUUCCAGAUAGGAAUUAAUGUUUAUGCAUUCAGUGAUAAGUACACUGAUAUUGCCUCCUUAGGGACUCUGGCAAAAUACACUGGAGGACAGGUGUACUAUUAUCCAGGUUUCCAAUCAUCUGUUCAUGGAGAUAAGUUAAGACACGAGCUGGCUAGAGACCUUACAAGGGAAACUGCGUGGGAGGCGGUUAUGCGAAUAAGAUGUGGAAAAGGAAUUCGUUUCUCGUCCUACCAUGGGAACUUCAUGCUAAGGUCUACUGACCUGCUUGCUCUUCCUGCUGUUGACUGUGACAAAGCGUAUGCAAUGCAGCUAUCUCUUGAGGAGACAUUGCUAACAUCCCAGACUGUAUAUUUCCAAGUGGCUUUGCUAUAUACUGCCUCUUGCGGAGAGAGACGUAUAAGGGUACACACAUCUGUUGCACCAGUGGUUACAGAUCUUGGGGAGAUGUAUAGACAAGCAGACACUGGUUCCAUUGUGUCUUUAUAUGCUAGAUUAGCAAUUGAGAAAUCUUUGUCCGCAAAAUUGGAUGAUGCACGGAAUGCAAUACAGCAAAAGAUUGUUAAAGCCCUCAAAGAAUAUCGUAAUCUUCACGCGGUGCAGCAUCGCUUGGGGUCCAGAUUAAUAUACCCAGAGUCUCUGAAGUUCUUGCCAUUGUACGGAUUGGCAAUUACUAAGUCCACUCCUCUUCUAGGUGGGCCUGCUGAUACUUCUCUUGAUGAGCGCUGUGCUGCAGGCUUCACCAUGAUGGCUCUGCCUGUCAAAAAGCUAUUGAAGCUUUUAUAUCCCAAUUUAUUCCGUGUUGACGAAUGGCUCUUAAAGCCAUCAACAGACCACGAUGACUUUAAGGACGUAUUAAGGAGAUUGCCUCUGGCUGCAGAGAGUUUGGAUUCUAGAGGCCUUUACGUAUAUGAUGAUGGUUUUCGAUUAGUUUUGUGGUUUGGCCGGAUGCUUUCACCUGACAUUGCUAAAAAUCUUCUUGGGGGCGACUUUGCAGCAGAGCUCUCAAGGGUUACCUUUCAAGAGCAAGAGAAUGGGAUGUCGAAGAAGCUAAUGAGGUUGGUAAAGAAACUGAGGGAGAGUGAUCCUUCAUAUCACCCCAUGUGUUUUCUAGUGAGACAAGGAGAACAACCCCGAGAAGGCUUCCUUCUCCUCAGAAAUCUCAUUGAGGACCAGAUGGGCGGUUCGAGUGGUUAUGUUGAUUGGAUUCUACAACUUCACCGCCAAGUUCAACAAAACUAAGAUAGCUCACAAUGACAACCCUUGGAUGCCAGGAUGCACCUCUUUGUUACCAUUGAAGAACUCUUGAACUCAAAAAUCUUCUACUUAAGCAGGAUCAUGGCGGCCUGCUUCCUUGGGCCUUAAUGUGUUGUUUUGGAAAAAAGAAGUGCUAUUUUA